AUGGAUAGAUACUCAUCGAUUGGUUACGGAACUAGCUUGUCCUGUUCUGCUUCGGAGCUCACUCUCGAGCCCUGUCAGCAGCCGCACGGUGGCAAGUACCAUAGGCAGAAGAACACUGCCAGUUCGGCUGUAGAUUUCCAGGAUGUCCAUUGCAUGCUUCAACAGGCUGGAGAUAAUCGCGGUGAAUUAGACGUGGACUGGUUUUAA